AGCAAGCACCGACUGACCGGGCUUGCAGAAUUAGAGAAAGCUGGAGGUUGGUCAUGUUACGACCCUCGGAGUCGAGAGAGAGAAACAUUACUGUUGUCAGGUGCAUGGGGUAGAGCUGGGAUGGACUGACAUUGAACCCGAGAACAACUAUUUGCAUAUCUACCCGGCAUCUUUCUCUACUCUUGCGACUUAGAAGCUGCUCUCAAACUCUUUUCUAAUACUUCUGAAGCACAAUACUCUAAUUCGCGACAUGGCUGACGGACAGAACCGGGAUCAUAUCGUCAAGGUCCCGGACUUUUACAGAUUCCUCAUCAUCGCCCAGAUCUUCAUCGCAGUCGCCGUCCUCGGCCUCGCUGCUUAUGGCGCAACUUUCAAUGACUGGUUUGGAGGAAAUGGUUACGCUAUUUUCUGCGCAAUCGCCAUCUUCUUAACCCAUGGCUACUAUUUGGUGUCAACUUCCUUCUUCCCCAUUGUUUACAACUGCUGGGUCUUCCUCAUCCUUUCUAUCUUCCAAGUCAUCUGGUGGCUAUCUUGCUGGGCCGAUCUUGCCGCCUGGGCUGCAGCAUAUGAUGUCAGCUUCUAUGGAGUAGCCCUUUGCGACGAUUACAGCAUCAAUAGUGAAGGUGAUAUUGUGUGCUUAGGAGAUCGCAAGAAGCACAGAAACGUCAUUGCGGCGGCUGCGGGGAUUGGCGCUCUGGAAUGGAUCCUUGUCAUUGUUUCUCUAGUAGUCUUUGCCAUCGCACUCCACCGUCAUCGCAUCUCGGGCGCCCCUUUCACUAUGAAUGGAAUGUGGCACACCACGCCUGAGAACCCACGUGGUACUCCCAACGCCGUCGAGUCCGGGAUGCAGAAUGGAGCGCAGAGUGGUAAGGCGCCAAUGCAGCAAAGCCCACAGCCACAGAGCUUCCAGAUGUAUCCGCAAGCAGGAGCGCAGCAACAGGUGGGCCAGCAACAGGCUUUCCAGCAGCCUGUUUACCAGCAACUGUAACAGACGUAUUAGGCUUGUUGGAUAAGGCGAGAAGGGUGGAAAGAUUAGAGAAGGAAGUUUGGUUCAGAUGGGUUACCAGGUAAUACGCUUAUGUUUCGUGGGUAGGAGAGGGAUGGAGUCAGGGUUACGUUUGGAAUGAUAUGAUAGGGAGAUACCAAUUGUGUCAGCGUUUCUCAAACUGCAACCAAGUAAUGUUAUCUUUCGAG